AUGCUGCGUCGACAGACUGCCUCCCUCCUGUCUAGUCGGGUCUUUGUCCACGUCUAUGAUAUGGUAGGUUCCAGCGUGUCCUUCAAAUUUUAUAUGUCCCCCUACAUCGCCUAACCGUUAUGAGCGGCGGCCGCGUCUCACGAUAGGCAAGUAGAGUUGAAUUAUUUGUCCGAACUGUUUUCCCUGAAUGAGACAACAGGAGUCGGGAGGACAAAAUAAGACAGUAAGUUGUUCCGAUAAGGCGACCAAACUGAAAAAAAACUGGCGAACACUUCCUUGCAUUAAAAAAUGUGUCCGGACUCUUUGGAAAACACCUAAGGAGGCACCAAAUGCGAGUGGCGUAUAAAGCAACGACUACACUGCCAACUCAGCUUGUACAGCCUACGGAGGCGGCUGGGGAUUUAGAUGAGAGAGAAGGCUUCAGGAUUCCACGCGACGGCUGUGAUUUAUUGUGCCGUGAUCAAAUAGGAAAACCGGCCUCUGCACGCAUACGCGAACACUAGUUGUCAGUAGAAAUACGGGACUAAUUGUGAAGGAGGCACGAUCGCUGGAACAAGAGAUCUGUUCGCCAGACGUUUCGGAUUCCCGCUCGGACCCAUCAUCAGAGACUAGCAGAUACGGGUGGUUCAUGUGCAAAGGGCUGCAGUAUUUAUAGGAUGCACUCGCCAUGCCACCACAUACCUAUGAAGAUUCACGGCUCCCCCUCCCCCCUUCACCAGUGAUCGUUGCAUGUGGUGUGAUGACUGUUUGAUGGUCGACAUUCGCGUCGUUAAUUGCCGCAAUUUUAUCAAUUGCGUUGGAUGUUGACGUGAUGAUUGCUCGACCAUCUGAUCCGCCGACCCUUGCGUUGGGAACACUGUUCGCCUGUAUGCUCCCCGCUUGGCUAAUUACUCCACAUAGACGAGGUCUCAACACUGAGUAUGGAAGGGGAAGGUCGUUGCACUUGUCAAUAAACUGAAAGCCAGUGUAUCAUGACUCAAGCAGCUCCCGGCUCACACGGUUGUCACCUCUAGCAAGAAUUUCGACUUCGUCGAAUUUGAAUGUGUGGCCGGGUCUCGUUGAACGAGCCGCGACUUGAGAGCUGGCGUCAUUUCUCCACACGGCUGCAGCGGUUCGGCCAUUCGCGUCCAGAGCUGUCUUCCGGUUUCUCUGACGUAAUUGCUUUGUCCGCAGCUACAGUAGAUCCGAUAAAUGAUUCAAAAAGGUUGUUGUCGUGGCAGUGGGUCUUUCGGUUUCAUUACCUGACGCCUGAUGGUUGCCUCCGGUCUGUGUGUAACUCCAACCCCAAGUGGUGAGAGAAAGCGGCCGACAGCUUCCGAAACGUUCUUGACAUACGGAAGCGCUCGCCAAAAUUGGGGGUCCGUGCGGUUUGGCCUUUCGUCCCUUUUGCGUAUGCACCGAUUAACGAAGUUGCGCGGGUGGCCAUUGGCUGUGAACACCCGUCGAAGAUAUUGUUUUUCGACAGUUUUGCCGUCCAGCUCAAUGCAGCGCGUUUCAACACGCCGGUAGAGCGUCCUUGCACAAUUACGCUUGUGACUGAUCGCGUGGUUGCUGUUGAAGUUCAGUACUUACGUCGUAUUUGUCACUUUCCCGAACAAUUUGGUCUUUAGGCCACCAAAAUCUUUGCGGUAUACGAGGACAUCCAGGAAAGCCAGCUGGUUGUUCUCUUCCUCCUCCAUCGUAAAUUAUAUGUCCGAGAAGACCGCAUUCAGAUGUUCCUUUAAUGUCAACAGUUGAUCCCGGUCGAUAACGACAAGGGUAUCAUCCACAUACUGGGCCCAGAACUUCGGUUUGUGGUGUUGGAAGAGCAGCGACUCUGACCGUUGCAGGACCGCCUAGGCGAUGAGUCCCGAAAUCGGUGAACCCAUUGAUGUGUCCCUCACCUGCUCAUAGAUUAUCCCGUCGAACGUGAAGUACGUCAUGAGACAGAACUUCAAGAGCUGAGGGACCUGGGCGUAUCCAAUACAAUUCUCCGUUCCAUCGUAUUUGCUUUUUUGAAGCAGCUCGAUUGUCUCGAUCGCCAGAUCCUGGGGAAUAAAAGUAACAGAGGAUGUGACAUCAAAAGAUGCCAUGACCUCAUUUGGAAGGAGGCUUACCCCUUUAAGUUUCUCUAGGUAUUGUGCUGACGAAGAGACCGUGGUGUAUUUUAGCGCCAGAAGAUACCAUACUAGCAGCACAAGGGAUCAGCUAAAAGCCCAGACACGUGUUUCGCCGAUAUUCUGCUGCUGCAUGGCACAGCUGCGUGGGGUUCGGCUCAUCGAUGGGUCCUCCAGCAUUCCCCGUGUGCUUUCUAGUAGGUACUCCAAUCUAGAAAUUGUUGCUUUUUAAUUUCCUCAGAAAUUAACUGCUAACUUGGAGUAGGUCAGUUUAUACUAAGGUCUAUGGGCGCAGACCGUGGUGUCUGACUCAGCGGUCAGGAACUUAAGACGCUGGAACAGCCACUUCGGCAGUCCGUACGUUGGAGUACCUUUGAGCUACACGAUUGGUCGGAGAGAAGUGCCCUCUUUGUGCACCUUGGAGAGGCCAUAGAAUCGGACUAAAACCUUAUCGUGGGGCGUCACCAUGCGUCUGUCAGUCGGUGUUACUGCACCUGCGUUCUCCAGGGCCAGCAACGUAGCAUUCAUUCCGCGUGUCAGCGCUCUUACGAGGUUGGUUGCACAUGGCUCCCAGUCUAUUAAAAGGUGCAACGAACUUACCCUCUUCCAUACUCGGUGCCGAGACUUCGCGGAGUAAUGAGCCACGCGGGAGCGCACAGGUGAACACUACUCCCAACGCCAGGGUUUGAUGGUCGAGCAGUCAUCACGCCAACAUCCAACACCCAUGAUGAGAAUGCAACGUUUGACGACGCGAAUUUUGGCCAUCGAACAGUCACCACACCAACUGCAAAAAUCCCGAUGAUGGGGGAGCCGUGAAUGUCCUAGGUAUGCGGUAGCAUGCCCCUUGCACAUGAACCACACGUAUCUGUUAUUGUCUCUGAUGAUGAGCUCGAGCAGGAAUCCGAAACGUCAGGCGAAUAAAGUUCUUGUUCCAGCGAUCAUGUCUUCUUGACGACUGCCUCCUGGGACUCCUCUCUUCGCUUCUAUUGGGACUACUUGUCUGAAGUCGCCAUGCAUACACUGGAAACUGGACACAAAUUUGCUUGAGCUAAACCCGCAUCUUUAAAGUCUGUCCAUCUAAAAAACGCUGAGAAUUUAUCGAGGCCACAAACCCCAAUAACUUGUGCAUCCACCGGCACGUUGAACUUGACUGCGUGUACGACAUUUUCGAGGUAAAAUGAAAAAGACUCAGGCAACUCAGACGAAUGUCAGCCUACAGCAAUGAGCAGUAUUGAUUUUUGUGCACGUCUGACGACGGCAUGGCGAACCAGCGUUCUUAAUUUACGAAUAAAGCUUGUUGUACUUCUUGAGGUGCCCAUUUUCCACCGAUCGCGUUACGGGACGCGCUCUUACCGACUUAAUUUAGAGUCCUCACAGACAGUUCCAGGGCGACUAGUAGUAUUUUUAGGUAAGAUAGUGUCGGGGGAGACAAGGGGACCCAGAUAGUAGUUUCUGGCAUAGUAGUUAUCGUCAGCCGGCCACACUCAACCCCGAAUUUGGGGGAGACCUAAGGUUCGAACCUGGUUUCAUUGUUUACUGAGCGCAAAGUAUUCUUACGCUCUGUAAUGGAGUCACGAGCAUGUUGUUCUGUCGGUUGGUAGAGCGACACUAGGGAAUCGAUCCGCACGGAAACUGAGCGCAUUCGUCUCUAAAAUCAGUCUGACGCGCUUGAAUAUAUGACAACACUGUAAAAGUCGCACUUUGCACGCGUGAUGAUUUGUCUAGCCCUGUCAGACACUUUGCGCGCUCACCGCCAGUCGUUCUGAUAUUGUCUUGUCAUCGCAGCCAGGUGAUUCGGGGGGUGGGGGUAGAUUCCGCACAAGUCUGUCUCACUAUUUUACGCGCAAAUCACGUCCGCUGCGCUCACUCCGUGGGGUGUUCGCUGUGGACGUCAGCGCUCGUGACAGUCGGACUGUCGUCGCCUGAAAAGCGGAUCUGAGCCAUCUCACCCAGCGCUUGACUUCUCUCUCUCUCUCUCUCUCUCUCUCUCUCUCUCUCUCCCUCUCCCUCUCUCUCUCUCUCUCUCUCUCUCUCUCUCUCUCUCUCUAUAAGCAACCAAACGUCUACUACUUUUUUUCAAAUAAAGACCUGCUUUGGUCAGAAGGGGGGAGAAGUAGGUGCAUUGUUGCACACAUAGAGGGAGCCCGGCGUCAGGUCAGCUGCCGCGGCCACGCGUACAUUCAGUCGUCAUGGUGAUGUCUUACCGCCCCGGAACGCAAGGGGUGUGGAAAUGGGAAGUGAGGUAGAUGCUUCGAAAGCCCGCUUUACCACACAAAACGUUCCGCGCGGAAGUCAGCACUGCACUGUCUCUCCAGGCCAGUGGGGAUUCCUGUCGCGUACGACGCAGCGACUGUCAGACGGUAGCCAGCGUCCAACAUUCACAGUUCUGCAGGCCUAGGCCGACCCCAAGCGCGUUCUGUCCGUGUACGGGGCAUCCGGUUCACAUGCAAAAACAAUCUCAGCAUGCUGUUCAAGCCCUAUGAAGGUGUGGUUCACUCCUGGGUAAGUUUGCCAGCUAGGAGGCGGGGUCUGGCCUGUCAGACUCAGCUGUGUCGGGUUCUAACGUUCUCCAGGUCUGCGCUAACCCUGCUUUCUAAACCUUUCGAAUUCCCAACCUACCUGUCAGUCCUUUCCUGUGAAGAACGGACUGUUUCCUCCUGCAAAAUCCCUGUGUGUUUAGAAGAAGAAGAAGAUGCAAUCACUGGAACAAGAAGUAUAUUGGCCUGACGUUUCGGAUUCUCAGCCGAACCCAUCAUCAGAGACAGUUGCAGAUAAAAGGUUCGAGUGAGCAUCCCAAACGUCAGGCCAAUAAACUUCUUGGCCAGUGAUAGCAUUUUCUUCUUCUAAACUGCUUCCUGAAACUUGGUCGUUCGCUCCUAUUGGCAAUCCCUGCAAUCUCUUCUCUUCGGCUACAACCUUCGGUAUUGGCGAUCUCCCCCUUUUUUUCCUCCCCCACAGUCCUGGCUGAACGAAUACAUCAGCAACAUUGGCUUGGGAGUCUUCCACACCGGCGUCGAGGUCUACUCGCGUGGUGAGUUGUUUCUUCUUCCACCCUCUUUUACUUUUCCGCUCUCUGGAUACCCGAUGCGGAGGUCUUCGGUCUACGGUCGGCACUCGGUUUCCUGAAUUCAGCCUACUCUGCUGGCUGCCACACCAUGCAGAGCUAGUUCUCUUACACUGCGGGGCUUAGGCACAAUGGCUGUGUGUUUUUUUUACCACACACUCGAUUUGACUCACAUGAUGGGGACUUUGGCCGUUGUCCGCGGCAUCUCAGUCAAAGCUUGCCACUCUACUUCCCGGUGUUGCGAUGACCGAAAAUCAACUCCCCUCCCUGUCUCUUAAGAGAUUUUUCGUCAUGUCCGCGAUUGUCGGUGUCUGCAUGUAGCUCCGCCCAACAGGAAAGAAUACCGACAAAGGCAGACCGAGAUGGCCAUUUCUGACUUGCUAGUCGUUGUUAGUCAGCCAUACCCAACGCCAGGUUUUUUGGGGGAGGGGGGGGAUCGGCGUUCGUUGCUGCGGGAGAAUAAGAUCCGCCGCCCUACCAGUAAACCGCGGGUCUCCGAUAACCAGGUCACCCAAACCGGGGCCUGUGUGUAGUAUAGCUGACUGACGACGGCUAAUAAGUCGGAAACGGCCGCCUGCUUGUCUUUGUCGAAGUUCCAUAUACUCCGCCUGCGUUUUACCUAUGAGAAGCCGGUCUCAUCAAUUAGUGGCGCAACCUGUGCAGAAAGGGCGGGAGGAGAUGGGUUUGUGCCGAUUUCCCCAACAAAGGCAGGGGAAGGGGGUAGGAGUUGGGCUUGUGCCGAUUGGGCAAAAAAUAUUAAAAGGUUAAAAAAAACGGUGUAAAACACCAGCGGAGUAUGAAUAUACAUAGGUAGUAGGUGGCGUAUCUCAGGAAAUGUUGACGGAAGUUCGAGUAGGAAGUAGUUCUCAGGUGUGGUUGCAAUACUGAUUAUUGUGGGAUGUAAUCCGAGACUAUUUAAGUCACACCAAAAUGCCGGCGUUUGAUUAUGCACCCUUCCGGCCGCUUACGAGGAUUAAAUUCACUAGGAAUGACUACCUAAUAGGCAUGAUUUUAUUUCACUUCCGAUUUUCUUCUACAUCGAAACAUAUUUUACGGAAAGCAUGCCUGAAGGUAUUUUUAUACUAAUUUUCUAGCAAAUUAUAUAUUCAAACUUCUUGCUAAAAGUACCGCUAUCUUCCAGUUUUUUCAAAAAAGUUUUUCAAUUCCCUAAUACAUCUGAACCCGACCUGCCAUUGCGCUUGUACGUAGGGUUUACACACACACACACUCCCUACCCUCCUCCACCAUCACCAACACACAUCAACACUUACCCACCGCAUGCACCAACUGCCACCUUCCACGCAAGUGGGAAGUGUGCAUCUCGUUUCGGUUCCCACGCGGCUUCGGCUGUACGGGUGAUUUGAGUCCGAGACUAUCCCGACACUUCAAGUGUCGUGGAUAGGAAGGUUGCUGAUUGAUGCCCGCUCUCGGUUCACGCAGUUCGUCGCGUUGUGUGUGUGUGGUGUGUGGAGUGGCGGACUGGUGGGCCGGGAACGGGCUGAAGCAGCACCUUCCACGGCCCUCUCACGCAAGUGAGAGACACGCCGUUCAACCCCCGUUGUGUGAAAUCCUGGUGUUUGUGUGUGUAUGGGGGGCCAGGUCGUGCUGUGGCGCGCGCAGUCACGGUCAGUCGACCGUGGCAGCCACCGCGCCCAUCCACCACUCCAGUUUGCCGACCGGCUCGGACGGCGGCUGGAGUGUGGGAAUGGGAAGGGAGAGUGAGGUCGACGACUCAGCGCACUUUUUCCUCACUAUAAUCAAUCGGACGCGCUUGAAGCUAUCACGGUGCGCUAAAAGCCGUGGCUUGGAAGGUUGCCAACUGACGGGGUAACGUGGACCUCCUCCUUGACCGGAGGCGGUCUGAGAGUCAGGCUGCAAUGGCUCCUUUUUAAUGUGGCCUUUAUGGCACUCCCACCACAGCGUGGUAUCCGAGCCAGGCGUUGGCGGCACGCCUAGGUGCGGCUUCGGUCGUGCCAGCCUCCAAAUCUCUGUUGUGUUGGUUGAAAUCCUGGUUAUUGUUGUGUGGACCAGGGGGUGUGGUGGAACGCCAAGGUGAGGAUCCGUCCGAGCCAUCCACCUGCGGCCUCCCUCGUCUCCGGUCUUCUUGACUCUGUCUUGACACCGGGCCCAGGCGGGGGAGGUGGAGAGAGUGUAGGUAGAUGCAGCGCAAGUAUACUGGCACUAUAAACCCCUGCGCAAGUCACCGUCCCUGCUCCAACCUGCUGUGGGGCACACGGUGGACAUCAUCGAAAUCGAUGGUCGAACUGUCAGGGUUUACAAACCAAAAACUGUGCACAUUCCAUAAGAAAAAUCGCAACCCUCUCCAUGCUGUUAGUGAGGGUGGAAGUGUACCACAUUUCCUGCAUCCAAAUAAGCACUAAUAAGCAGAAAUACACGAUGUUUAACUUAAAAAACUUAAAAAACCACGAACUUCGUUAAACCGACAGAUUCCGCUUCUUUAAGCAAGCUUAGUACAAGAAGGGAUACUUGUGUUCACGUUUUCUACAAAAUAUAUUUCGUUAUGUUUGCAUGCUUUGGGAUUUCGUUCUAAACUUAUGAGUGGACCGCACGCCUGCCAUUAUAGACCUAAAAGAUUAUCCAAAUAGUUGACUCUGAGCGCGGUCCGUUUCUGAAUCGUGUAUUAGCUGAAAGUAGACCCAAAAAGUAUCUAUGCGGAAAAGUUGAGAUGGCCAUUUGAUAGGGAUCCUUUUCGCACUUACGAAUGAGAUAUUUGCAUAUGCCUGGAAAUUAGGGGGGUUUUAAAACGGGAACUUGCCUGUCUCUGUGCUUGAUUGCAGCAUUUUGUAGCACAUAAACACACAGAUGCCUGCACAAAUCAGAAUUUUAAGGGGAAAAAACUUGUUUUUCCUUACACACCGUGUCUCUUCGCGUCUUCACUUGAUUUACCCGAAAACAGACAAAAAAAAUUAAAUUUUAAAGCGCACUGGCGCGCUUCAUAUGUCAACGUCAUGUCGCGAACUGGCUCCAUUGGCAAAGAUUGCCCGUUUAGGCGAAAUUUUGGCGUCUGGCAGCCAACCCAUCUCCUGCCGUUGCCGGAGCGGGGUUAAAAAGCCAAGCAUGACGCUGGUGUUGCCAGACGAUCUGUACCUGUGCACUCGAGGCGCGUAAGAUGUCCAAGACGAUUGGACUCUGAUUGUUUAUUGUGUUAGUUGACUUAGCAGAACUGUGAAUAUUCCUGCAAGCGUCCUAAGAAAUAUACAAAUGUGUUUUUUCUGACACGUGACUGCUUACAAGUCAUGUAUGAAGUUAAAAUUUUGCCAGUCGUAGCAACUGAGUGGGAUUUAUCCGAAAAUGGAAAAUUGGUAGGUGAUGUUCCAAACGCCUUUGAUUAUACAUGUUUCUCCCCUCUUAAGAUGCUCGACUGACAUUGAGCAUGCUGUCGUAUGCGAAUGAAUUUGAAAUUAUGUUUUAUGCCAAUCGGUGCCGCAGGAACAUUUACUGAAAUCCUGAGCUGCAAUUUCGGUUAGAAAGAUGCACUUAGGUGAGGGGUUGUGGAUUUUAAUAAUGUGCAGCAUGAAAGGUUGUUUUAAUCACGAUCAGAUAUCGGCUUUUGAAUGCAACAAUCCGACUUCCUAGAAUGCCUACUUAAGUAAUGUGUUUUUAAUGGAUUUUUGAUGCCUUGCUCAUAAACCAAGGCAUAUUUUGUAGAAGGCAUACACAACAAUACCCUUUUUUGUGCCCAAUUUUGUGGUAAAAUACAGUCAGUAAGCGACCACGUGUAACUUUAACCGACAAUUAGGAAUGAUUAAUUACCGUGCGACCUAAUCCCAGAGUAUUUGGAACACGCCAGGAUGUUGACCCUUGAAAGCAUUCCUCCUCGGCUGCCUACAAAAACAGCACUUGGUAAAAAUGACUGCUUAAGUGGUAUGCACUUUUAUGCUGAUGUUCAUUGCCCUUAUAAAUUCAGAUGUAUGUCAUAAGAACACCGACACAAACAUACUCUUUCUUGUAUUCGUUUGGUAGCAAAUCACGUCCGCAAAUUUCACACUUGGGCAAAGCGUAUAUUUCCGGUUUUGAAGAGGUUUCUACCUAUGGAAUCUUUCCUUAUUACCAUGCAGUAUCUAUUCAGUCCGUUUUUUAAUGCCCCUCAGGAAGCGUACAACACAGUCUACGUCAGCUGCUAGAUUUUAUGGACCCUCUAUGAUAUCUUCUUAAUGACAUAGAGGAAUUUAUGAAUUUCCCCACGCGGAACGUAUACAACGCGUAACCUAAAAAACCAUAAACGCAAAUGUGGCGGCGGAUGGGGAGAACUUUUUUAAAACCUAAAUAUACCCAGCCGUUGAAUGUAAAAGUAGAAGAAAGAAGAAGAAGAAGAAGAAGAAGAAGAAGAAGAACUAAUCCUCUCCAAAACGGGUAUAAGAAAUAAUAUUUUUGUGCAAGUCUUAUGUAAACUAUAUUUAAGUUUAUAAGGGCGUCGAAACUCAGUAGAAAAUAUCCAUAUAACGCUUAGGUUGUCAUUUUUUGCUGAGUGUUGUUUUUGCAGGCAGCCAAAAAGUUAACAUCAUGGUUUGUCUGAAAUAUCAUGGGAUUAUUCUUCCCGAUGGUCAACACUACAAAGCCCUCUUAAGUUACCCUUAUCGAAAGCACAUUUCAGAAUUUGAGUAACAUUUUAUGAUAUCGGUCACUGGUUGUGCACCUUCUGUAGAUUAAGCGUUAUCUCCCGGAUUUAUAAAGGCCUCUUAAUUCUCGGAUGAUUUUGGUCCCUACCUACUUGCUUUUAAGGUUCCCGAACCACAGGCUGUGCGCCUUCCAUUAGAAAAUCCUAAAUUCCGCAAUGGUAUUAAGGAGGUGCCGUAUAGGGCUCAAAUGUUGUAAUGGAUGCGGACCAUAUAGUAUGCCUAGACAGACGGAUGCGAUUCUAUCUGGACGGACAUUUCGCGGUCCUAAAAAUCGCAUUAUUGCAAACCUUUAAACCGAAAUAAUACUGCCUUUCAAGUAGGAAAUUUGAGCAGGACCUCCCUUUCAACAAAGAUGAGUACGAGAAAGACCAUUUUUUGCAUGUUUUCUGCCCAUCGAAAAAUCGUGGGGGAGGGGGGGGGGUUAGAUGGGAAAUCAUAAUAAGCAAGUAACAUUUUUUUAGUCAGUGAGGUUCUGCAGGCGGUCGGAAAACUGUGCAUUUGCAAAGCGGAGCCCUGGCGUGACUAAUGUAUCUUGAUAGUCUGUUUAUGAGUCAUGCCACCUACUAUAAGUAUUACUUUCUACCUAAAGGCAUCUACUGGGUCGGUCGCCUUCCCUCCUCGGCAGCUCCGGGCGACAGACGUUUGGGAGGAAAUGAUGAAAAAAAAGCCGUAAAUAUCGCAACUCAUUAAGUUGGCUGACAUGCCAGGCUCAAGAAGUCACGUAGGUAGGAUUACGCUACUGAUGAGUGGGACGCGAUCGACUUCAAGGAUUCCCACAGUCCUUGCCGAUUUUAUUUGCCCAGAAAACACUUCCUACUUGGCAUGUACUUAUUGUUUCUACCUGGUAGCUACUUUUGAUCCGAAACCCACACGGGUGGAAAGUCUACGCAGAAACUGGAACUGUAUACGGACGACUCGAUAUUCGGCCGUAAUCGUACUAAGUGGCAGUUGUUUUUGCCGCAGAAGCAUGGAACUACCCAACGUGUGCAUGCAAGACGGACUUCCUCAUCGUACGACCGGAGCCUAUUGAUUGCCCCACACCUAAUGUCAACGAGGUGUAGAGCAGGGUGGAAUGUCUUUUGGAGAUGACACCACAUCCAUCACGUUCCGGUUUACAGACAUGACCGGAGAUGGGUGCAGUCGCGUCUACGCGUGCCACGCACGUGCCGUCCUCCGUUCAGACUUCACAUGGUAAAGGUGUUGCAAAGAUCACCCAAAGAAGGCGUCAUGGUAGCCUGUCCCCCCCCGUCCUGAGGAGGAUGGAGUCAUCUAAUUAGUUGUCACAAUUCAAGGUCCCGACCACUGUCGCAGCGUCUAGGCGGAGAGAGUGUGUGCGCUACAAUCAUCAGGUCAAAUCCCAAAUUGUAAGGAGGAGACAGAAUUUACCAGAUUGAUGGGUUUAUUGUGUACAGAACCCGGGGCUGUCCUCUCAGACGGCAGUGGCCGCCGGCGAAGCAAGUUCCAGCGUUGACUGCGUCCAGUCGCGCCUGAGAGUUUUUGGGACAGUGAUGGCAGCCGCGUUUUUAGUCUCGUAGGCCUAGCUCAAGUGGUCUCCAAUCAGUGUGUUGCAUUUACCGAGAAGUGGUGUCCCAGUGGCUUAGGUUAUGGCUGCAGGGACGGAGGUGCGUUCAAGUGACCGCAUGGGCAGUUGCGCGACUGUGUGUAUGCAGGUGUGUCCGAGCUGAAGUCGGUCGAGCAGUUUCAGGUCAACGCGUCUGAAAUGGCUCGCUGCAAGGGGUGAAGGACUUGGCGACAGCGAUGCGCUAGACAAUCACGCCAGACUGGCCAUGAUGGCUGCCCGCAACAGCGUCUCUCCGCCAUAGUUUACAGUAAGACGACAAAGUUUAGCAACCUAACUGGAUCCUCAUCACGCACCCGCGUCAUUAGUGAUGUUAGAAAAGGUCUUUGCAUGAUUGUCGUGUUUUAUCUGAACGUGCUGGGGAAUUUCGACCAAUGUUUCAUGUCGCAGUUCUCAGGUAGUCCAGUGGAUAUGGGAAAGGAGCGGGCGAGACAGGUGCUGUACAAAUCGUCGCUACGGCUUCUUGGUCUUCGUGGGUUGAAGCGAGCCGCGCAAAACGCAGUUAGGUCCACCUUUCAGCCCGUUACUGCGAGUCAAACAGGCGAGGUUUGGAGAGACAUGCGCUGACCUUGAGCAGUGGAAAAGUCCUGACAGCCCUACUUCGAAACAUGAACAGUGCCGCGAAUCUCUUUCUCCAUCCCCCUCCUCCACCGCCCGACUUGUCGGACAGAAUCUCUUCCUUUUUGUAAGCCGACUGCCAGGACAAUUUAACUACCGGUGGCGGCACUCUUGUUGCUGCUACCGUCUACAAUCUCCCCCUCCUCCUAUUCGCACUGCUUCCACUCGCGCCGUCGCAGUCGGCCGUUUAAUUAGUUUGUCUUGUCUCUGUGGCCGCACCAGGACGACGCGAGCGUACUCUGUCUGGGUCCAAACUGGGGCGCUCUUAGUGCGUUUUUGCAUCCGCUUACGUGUGCGUGCGUCACCCCGUCGGACGCGGCCGUCCCUCCCCACCGUCUUUGGUCGUCGCUCUCGUCAUCCGACCGCGAUGCCUUCCACCUCACAGCCAGUUCGCUCCUGAUUGCGCAAUCCGGUGUAGACGAGGUUGUUGUUUUUCGCCUCCGGAGUGUGUUACCGUUCGGACUUAUGGCAGGGCCUUCUUUUUUGUCCAGCCGGAUCAUACACUGGCCAAUCCACAAACGAGGGUUUGUGGGCGAGGGGGAGGGUGAGGUUUUCUAGACGCACGACGGGCGUUGCAUCAAAUUCACCCCAAACCUAGUCGAUAUGUUGUGGCUAUGUGGUCGUAAUUUAGGUUAAAAAGUCCAAGCGGAGGGCAGGAAGCACAAGUAAAGUGUCAGAGGGCUGAGAGUUGGAAAUGUGACCUCCCCCUCCCUAUUUAGUAUGCAAUUCUAUUCCUAGCGGCUUCGAAGUGAGUAACCCAGGGCUGAUCAGAUGGGAGAGUUUGGUCCUGUUGAGCAGAAUUUCAGCGGAUGUGCGGUGGAGGGGUUCAACCAGAAGUUGCCCUGAGCGGAUUAUUGGUGCUAGAGGAAUAGGCCACUUUUAGGCAGUCGUAGUAGGUGUGCUAUCUCAUGAAAUGUUAAUCGAAAUUCCCAAAUCUGUCUUCAGUUCGAAAAGAUUACUCAAGUAGAAUUGUAAUAUCACUUAUCAUGCAGCACAAUUCCAAGAUAUUUCAGUCACAUCAGGGUAUCGGUUUUUGAACCAGCCUCUUUCCGGGUGUCUGCGAAAGCUGCAUUCUUUAAAGGAUGACUACUCAAGUAACAUAGACUUUCCCAUUGCCUUUUUAACGCCCUUAUAAAUUCAAAUAUAUUUUAUAGAACACAUGGACAAAAAUAUUCGUUCUUGUGCUCAUUUGGUAGCAAAUGACGCCUCCUUUAAUUUUUAUGUUUGAGAAAGUGCAUCUUCCGGUUUUUAAAGAAACCUUUUCAAUCCCCGAAUAAUUUUAAACCUGGUCCGCCGUUGAUAUUGCAUUCAGGGUUUAUGAACUACAGGCCGCAUAUUUCCGGUGUAAGGAAAACCAUAUGGGAAGGCCCCAUUCAGACUGGAUCUACCGAGCGUGUGAAGAGUCCUUUCAAUGCUUAAGCUCCUUCACCCAAGAGGCUUUAUAUAAGUCUGACAAAAUCUCCCUUGCGUAUUUUUUGGUUUUCGCGUCUGCUCCUGACAGGAAAGACAGGACACUAUCGAUUUUUAGGCACAUUUAAAUGUUUACUAUUUUGCACACUUACUUUACGUCUGAGGACGACUUGGAGAACCAAAGUCGAAAAUUUACGAAAUAAAUUUUGUUACCUUUCCCAAGGACUUAUUUCUUUCGAAUUACGCUUCUCGGUGUGCCUAUUUUCAAAUUCAUAUGUUUCUAUAUGCUAUUAUAUAGAAAUCAUAUAGGGCUCCUUAGAAUUUGUAGUGGACUUGGACUACGUAUCCUUUAUUAGCGAAACUAAUAAAUGGCCAUAUACGAUGUUUUAUGGAUGGAAAUUUCACGGUCUUACAAAAUCUCACGAUGAGAUAUUUUUUUCAAAACCGAAAAACCCUUUUCUCGAGUAUACAAUUUAAAGAAGAAGUUAAUUAGUCCCAAAUGAGUACAAGAAAGAAUAUCCUUGUCAGUGUUUUAUGUUAAAUAUAAUUGGAUGUAUAAGAGCAUCAAAAAUCGAUGAUUCAUAUGCAUAUUAUUUAAAUAGUUAUUUUGUACAAUACAAUUUUUGUAGGUGGUCGGAAAGAAGCCCGUUCAAAAGCUGGCAUUCUGACGUGACUGAAGUAUUUUGAAACUAUGCCGCGUGAUAAUUAAUAAUGCAAUCCUACUUAACUACACUUUUCGAAUCGAAGACACAUUUCAGCAUUUUGUUGAACAUUUCAUGAGACAGCCUACCUACAGCAUAUCUCCAAAACCGGCAGACCAGAGCUCACUUUCAUAAGAUAACUAAUGGAAACGCGUUAUCAGCCUCUCCGAUUAAUCAGCAGUUGGCAGAUGACGUACGAGUAAGCCGAAACCGGAUUUCAUGGGAUGGAAUCUUGAGGAACAUCGGCAGCGUUUAGGUUAAACCUCACCCGGUUUCGGAACCUUUAGUUCAAUUUGAAAAAUGGUCAAUUGCUUGCCAAACUGGGAAAACUACCGAGCCAUUUCCUUUAGGGGAAGGCCCUAAAUGUCUGUCUAUUUGUGCACAUAUCUCCUAUUUUGCCUUUUUUGUGUAAGACCAUUCAGACUGGAUCAACCGAGCAUGUGAAGAGUCCUUUCAAUGCCUAAACUCUUUCCCCCCUUCGUGUCUUUUGGUUUGCGCGCCUGCUCCUGUUUUGAUUGACAUUUAAACCAGGAGAGAAAGUCCCACGUUUGGCACACUGCCGCCUUACGGAGGCCCUCCUUUGUAUCAAAGAUGGUAGGGCCUUGUUACAGUAUAAUUCCAGCCUCUCGUCCCUCCCCCCCUCACGUCUUAUUUCCGGCACACGCGUCCUUUUUUCAGGUCUUGCUUAUUCCCUGCGAUGCCCGCCACUGAUGUCCUCCAUUUGGGUUUGGAAGGCUUAAUGCUCUCCCUCACAAGGUGUUGAUUUGCUAUCUCUCUCUUUUUAUCGGUUUAGUGUGUUAUCGCUCACAACCCCUUUCUCGUCUAAACUUUGAGGGUGUCGGGUCAGUAACCACCCCAGGUGCUGCAGUUUUUGAAUGAAAAUCUCACUCCUUUGUGUCUUGCGCUUUAGAGUACUGUUACGGCGGUCAUCAGUUUGGCGGCUCAGGUAUCUUCGAGAUGUCUCCCAAGGACACCAGCGCUCUGGGGCCCAACUACAUCUUCAGGUUCGUGGCCUCCAUGCAUAUUUAUAUACGCGUGAAAAUUCGAAAUCAUCUUCCUUUUCUCCAUCUCUAUUGCCCUUCGUCUUCCUCGGGCGUUAAUCGACGAGAUAUAUGGGUUUGGGUAAGACCGACUGACGACGGCUAAUAAGCCCGAAAUGGUCUUCGCAGCCCCUUCGUCGAUAAUCUCCCGCCCAUAUAUAAAACUGCAUAGUUUUCUGGCAACUUGCUUCUUGCUCACCACAGCUGCUAGAGUUCGCCAGAAUUCUAGCUCUACUAUGGUCGCUGCAGCCGAUGUCUCCAGUACCCAACCAAAUUGUCUUCUGGACGGAUCACAGUUUUUGUCUUGAGAAGGACCACUGGACAGCAACUGCUGCCACCCCGUGGGAGGGCGACUUUCGCACCGCCCUGCACCCACAAUGUUUCAGUCGGGACCACUAGAUGCAGAGGCUGACCUGACCGAACUCGCGAAAUGCUGACGAGAUCUAGGCAGAUUAAAUGGCAUUGCUGACAAAGACAAGGGAGACUGGAAUGGCCAUUUCUGGCUCAUUAACCAUCGUCAGGCAAUCAUGCCCAACCCCGAGGUGUGAAGGACCUGGGAUUCGAUCCCGCGACCUGUUGGCUAUAAGUCCGACGCCCCUAACCACUGAGCUACGGCCCCGUUGACCUGUCGGCUGCGAUCGGGUAUAUACAAUAGUAGAGGAGCGCUCACCGAUCAUUCUUACGGAACUCACUCGUACCGUUGUUCCAUACGGGCUCUCUCUUGAGCCGCGCAAGCAGCCACGCAUCGGCUUGAGAGAGAGAGGGCCCCAAGGCACAACGGGAUGAGAUAGCUCCGUAGCGCGAUCUGUGGGCGCCCCUUUUCCAUACGAAGAUCUAUUUGGAAUUAGGAAUGAUUACUCACGUGGGGUUAUGGAGCGUAGUCCCAUGUUAUUUUAAUUACGCCAAGUGCACCCCGCUUCGAUUGCCUACAAAAACUGCACUCAGUAAAAAGGACUCCCUAAGUAGUAUGCAUUUUGAUAUUGACUUUCAAUGCCCCUAUAAAUUCAAACAUUUUAUGAAAAAACAAACCCAAAAAUAUUAUACAUUGUACUCAUUUAGGAGUAAAUUACGUCUUCAAAAAUUAUACUCGAUCAAAGCGUGUUUUUUGGUUUUGAGAAAGUUUCUAAUUAUAGAAUUUUUUUAAUAUAAUGUAAUGUCUAUUUAAAUAGCAUUUUAUCUGUUCGUUUAUUAAUGCUCCUCAAGAAGCGUACAACACAGUCUACGUCAGCUGCUACAUUUUUUGAGCCCUAUGUGAUAUUUUUUAAUGGAUUGGAGGAAUAGAUGAUUUUCCCAACGCAGAAAGUAUACAACGCGUAGACUGAAAACCAUAAACGCAAAUGCGGCGGCGGCGGCGGAUGGGGAACAAAGUUAUUCGGAAAUUGGAAACCUCUUUGAAACCGAAAUAUACACAGCCGUUGAAUGUCCGGUCUGUCCUUCUCUACGGUUGUGAAUGCUGGGCUUUGCGCGUGGAGGACGAGCGAAAACUGGAGGUAUUUGACCACCACUGCUUGAGGACCAUCCUUCGAGUGAAGUUCACCGACUUCUUCUCAAAUGAGAUAGUCCGCGCUCGCUGCGACAGCAUCGCAAGGAUAACUCGGACCAUCCAAGAAAGACGACUUAGGUGGUUCGGGUAUGUGCUUCGUCGUCCACCUCAGGAGCUCAGUGUUACUGCCCUCGAUCCGGCACCAUUGCUCCAUUGGAGGCGUCGAAGAGGGGGGUCAGUUCAAAACCUGGCUGGACACAGUUCAUCAAGACAUGAAGGUGGUUCUUGGAUCUUCGGUAUUCGGUCUCCAUCGUUGGCGAAGGGAAUAGGUUGAGCUGUCCAGAUCUGCUGUCACGGAUCGUCACGCGUGGAGAGGUAGAGUUCGGGACAUCAUCGAGGCCGGCUAGAUCAGGCAUGAUCGCAUCCGUAUCAAGUACAAGUACAGCCGUUGACUAUAAGAAUAGAAGAGGAAAUAAUAAUCUGCCAAAUGAGUACAAGGAAUAAUAUUUUUGUGUACGUUUUAUAUAAAAUAUAUUUGAAUAAGGGCAUCAAAACUAGUGGAAAAGAAUUCAUAUAACACUUGUGGUGUCAUUUUUUACUCAGUAUUGUUUUUGCGGGCACCGAAAAAGGUAACGUCUUGGUUUGUCUGAAAUAUCAUGGUAUUAUUCUUUCCGAUGGUUAAUACUUCAGACCCCCUCUUAAGUAACCCCUCCUAGUCGAAAGCAACAUUUCACGAGACGGGUCACUGUCUGUACUACCAUAUCUACGUGUGCCACAACACGCCGUACUGAUUUCUGCCAAAUGACUCUAUAUGUCGCACCCAAAUUAGCUGUCGUUACGGGGUUGCUCCAUCCACAGCCAUCUGGGAACGUCAGCCGGAUUCGUUGUCCACGCGGUUUAUUGGAGCAACGGAUGGGGACUGGGCGAAAGAUUCGAUCAGAGUCGGGUGUCCACCCUGUGCAUCUUAUCAAUAUCUGUACAAGCAUUUGUUUACCCCGUCGACCCUCAGCAUCAACUGGAAACUGUCCUUAUGUUGAAUGCCCCAUUCAGAGAAGCAAGCCGGUGUUUGGAGCGGAGGGGAAGGGCUUUUUUCUGUCAGAUGCUCCAACAAUUUGUCGGCCUCUCUCUGGUCUUUUCAGCUGGUUACGAAAGUGGUGCUGUGGGGGGCGACCUGGGCACACCUAUGCAUAGACGGACUGCUGUACAACGUGCUUCCGUUGCUUGCAACAAGUAGGGAAUUCCGAGGGGCAACACCCACAUUUUCUUCAAAUAAACUGAACUAAACUAAACUUCGUCAGCUCGACUUACGCACCCUCCCCUUCCUUGGUGAACUGGAACCGUGGAGGAGGUAGCCUGUCUGCUACGCGCGUUGCGCUGCGAAAAGACCGUUUGCCGGACCACUCGACCACAUACACGGCGCCAGGUGUGUGACCUGGCAUUAUCUGCGAUCGACGGCCGUGGCGCGACCUUAUUUAAGACUAUAGUGGAUCCCGUUCAGGUCCACGUGCCAACCGACUCGUCAACAGCAGUACCGACUAACUAUUCCACGACAUGCACUUUUUCAUCACAACGUUCACCCCGAGGGGAGUUCAGGGUUAAGCAGAUUUGUGGGCAAUGAGGCUGGUAAGAUAGAUGUUCCCUCCGAUAUAGCAGGGGUGUAAUCCCGUCAGUCGCAUUUCAAGCAGCAUCCUUUGCGCACUAGACUAUCCAUAGAAAUAGGGACCGAUGCCCUCACACAGGACAGUUCGACCGUCGCAAACGAAUACACCCACCGCGCAUGUCCCUCGGAGUGGACGCGGGACGGUGAUCUGUUCAGCAUUAAUCGCACUCUAUCCUCCCUAACACGCCAGGCUCCGAUGUCAAGAUGACCUGAAGUGGGCCCGCGCGCAAUGGCCCACUGCGCGUGCCAUACACGACCUAGUCCAGACUACUUGUAUCAGGCUUUCUGUGAGGGGGGUUCAGGUCUCAAAUGGGCGAGAGUGCUGCCCUAGAGGAGGAGCCAUCGCAACUUGAAUCUCAUUCUUGAAAAGGAUCGAGUUAUCUCGCCAGUUGGCAGUCCUCGAAACUGCGACUCUUAGCGCGUCGGACUGAUUGUAGUGAGGAAUGCGCUGAAAGAUGGAUUUCCCAAUGCCGACCUCACUCUCUCCCUUCCUACUCCCAUGCAGCCUCAGUCGACUGUCUGAGCCUGUCAGUCAACUGAUGAUAGUGUUGGACGCAUUGGCUGACGCGGGGACUCGGCGCAGCCAGACAAACUCGUACCGCGAACCAUUCCGAUAUCGUCCGAUCUAGUCCCUACGUUGAUCUAGGGCAUAUACCACGUGACCCUAACAAGAACAAUGACAAAACAGUCACUGAAAAGCACGUCAAAGUUUUAAAAAACAGGAUCUCGUACGGAGAGAUUUUACAAGUUCUUCUACUUUCUACCUAAGUGUUAUAAAUGCAGACGCUUUUCGCACCGACGCAUUGGUAAUCCACUCGGGGGGAGGGCUGUACGUCGCUCACCACGGUCAUGAUUAGCGACACUGUUGCUCCGGAUUCCCCAUUCUGUCGUAAACAGGCCGGGCACAAACGCUGAAUCGGUCGUGGUUAUUUUUGUUGCCGAACUGGUGUGAACGUCUGGCUGUGUCGGCGCUUUUUGGCGGCCCUGCCUCCGACCCUGGAAUCACCGUUUUCGCCAGUCGUUACUGCCCCAACGGGCUGCACCGUAGAUGCUUUGAACCGAAACGGGGAACCAGGUUGGCUCCUGACUCGCGCAGCGCAGGCUUCGCGCGACCUGUCAGCUGGUUGACAGGUUCGGACGGUCCUGAGCGCGGGGCACACAGUGGACGUCCUCGAUUGCGGCGGUUGAUUUUUCUUAACGGCUGCUAUUAAACACAAUGCUGACUCUUGUAGGACAUCUAUUGAGGUCGGCCACACGGAUUUCACCUACGACGACGUUUGUAUGAUACUGAACAACAUGGAAGAAGAGUUCUGCGGAGAUCGGUACCAUCUGCUGCGCAAAAACUGCAACCACUUCUCGCACGCCUUUGUCGAGGUCAGUUUUGGUUUUCUUGCAGCCUGGAAAUGUCUGCGCUCUCCGGAGCUCCUCACUCGCUCGCAUGUGUUUUUUUUCAUUCAGAUUCUCUGCGGCGCCUCAUUGCCGAAGUGGAUCAACAGACUGGCGGUCGUCAGCACCAAAUUACCCUUUAUUGAACGGUCCAUCCCCAAAGAGUGGCUCACUCCCCACGGUGUAAGUCAAAGAGACGUUUGGAUUCGCUGUUUAAAUUGCUAGUCCCACUGCAUUGUUGCACUUUUUUCGUUGGUAAUAUGCCAUGCCGUAGAAGCAAGUCAGUUAGGUCUCAGACAGGUGAAUGUCGGGCGUUUACAUAGCUCGUGACAACCCUUUGGUGUUCGCGGUGGUGGUGGUUAUGAUGCUGUUGGCGCGCACAACGUGGAAUUGGGAGGUCCGCGGGAGGGCUCUUUUUGUACUCCCAGUCUCCCUGCUGCCGAAAAGCGACGGGGUUGACACUCAUUUCCAACCUGUCCUCGUUGCGAUCGGCCUCUUGAGCCUCGCGCGCGCGAACCAAAGCCAGAACACCCGAUCCGUCAGCCACAUAUGUCUCCACCUGCUCGCAGCGCCCUAAAAAAUCCAGACAUCGCAUGGGUCUUUUAGGCUCUGCGAGCAUCCGAGACAGCAGGAUUCGCGCCACCGUCAUCCCGACCACCACCAGCUCAGUAGCCACGGUCCCUCCCCGUUCAUUCUGUCCCUUCACACCCGAGUCGUGCAUCGGCUCGGUCGGUCGCUUGCAAGUACACCUGCCCACAGCGCCCCAGGCUCUGUGCGCUUCCAAGACAGCGGGAAUCAUGGCAAUGUCAUCACGACCAACCCCUGCCCCUCGCCCAAAAACCCUCCCUCCAGCACCAACAGCGUUACCACCAUCACCUCAAUAGCCACAGUCCCUCUCCGUCUCUUCGCAUCUGAGUCGCGCAUCGGCUCGGUCGGUCGCUUGCAGAUACACCGCAGCGUGACCACCAAACCACUGCCAGGAGCCCCAGGAUAUACACCCAUCGUUUCAAUUUCACCACCAUACACUGUCCAAGGACAUCCUAUCAUGGCGUAGGCCUAUUCGGUCAUAAACACAUCUACAGAGAUCUUCAGUGGGACUGCGUGGUCCAGAUCCCGUCACCACACCCCUCGCCCUACCUUUUCUCACUCCCAUCUCUAGGCUACAUAUGAACCUACUUCACAGCAUACGCAUACACGCUACCCCCCCCCGUAACAACACCAUGUCUCUAUCCUGCAGCAAGCCUACGAUCUCCUUUGUCGUCGUGGAGAUGGUGGGCGAAACGUCGCAUAUCAGAACAUGCGCGCGUCAUUCAGGGUAACCUGGUCGAAGUCGCGGCAGCGGCACGCGUAGUCGGGUUAUUAAGUUUUGUCAGCCACUGGGCCCAAUCCCAUCUUCAGGUUCAGGCAGUCGGCCGAUGCAUGGGAAAGCGGGGAGAACACGAGGCUAGCACUGGGUAGGAACUCCAUCCCCACGUCAAACCAGCUCAUUUGUCACCUUAAUAACUGAUGCACUCGACUUUAUUACGACGCGCCAAGAGUCAUGGCUUUGAGGGUUGUCGACUAAUGGGAUAGCAUUACUUUCAUUUUGAGUAUUUUGGCGCAUCCUGGCAUUCGCACUCAUGUGAUCGGGAUCGCCCUAACAGGCCCUGGGACCAAGCUUCCGGUCUACUCGACAUUGUCCUGCCAUCAGACCCAGGUGGGUGAUGGGGCAGAGAGUGCCGUAGGUGCUGUGCAAGUCUGCCCCAGUUCUGCCUCUGCCACGCGCGACGGUCGAACUGUCCGUAUGCCGUAACGUGUGUGUAUGUGUGGAAGUGGGUGUAACACCCCCAUUUUACCUCAUCCUUUACCUCAAACGUGUCGGCCGUGAACUCCGCAGGAACAGACCAGCCGAUGUGGUCCGCUUCCCCUUGAGUGAAGUUCUGCACUUUGAGUGCCCGGCUAUGGCGUCAGCGACGGCCUCAGAAGAAGGAGCGAGAGUUUGGUUUGUCUGUUGCUUAGCGGCCGACGGGGCCUCUUUCAUGCGAGUCAAAAAGCGCUUCAUCUGCCUCAUCGACUGCUUCGCAGACUUAUAACUUACUAGUAUUGCUUACUUGAGGAAGAAACGAUUUAAAAGUCAGACCUUCGAAGGGUUUUUCAGAGUUCGCUGCAUUGGACUUUUAACCAUGAUGACGUAUAUUUUAAAGCAGGCAUAGACAGCAGAAUCUAUAGGUAUCAGCCAAUUUCGCGACGGCUUAUCAACUGCAGCCUGUCGUUGCAUAACACAAAUAACAAGUGAGAAAGGUACAGGGGUUUGAACUUCGUCAGAGAAGAUCGUUGUAAAACAGCAAGGUCAUCGUAAAAUCCCCACAGGGCACUCUUUGCUGUUUAUGCAACUCUGAAGAAAUUCAACGCGUAUAUUCUCCUUCGUUUUGCUGCAUCGUAGUUUCAAAAGCCUUUCCAAGGACUUAAUAAUGUCUGAGGGGAGGUGCUGUUCGAGAAACUGUAAGCAAUAUUUUCCCGGAAUAAAUUUAAAGCACUUUCUCACUUGUUACUUGUGUUAUGCAACAACAGGCUGCAGUUGAUAAGCCAUCAAGAAAUUUACUGGUACCAAUAAAUUAUGCUGUAUGUGCCUGCUUCCAAUUCAUUCCGGGGAAAUAUUGCGUCAUGAUGACGUAGACAAACUUUUUUUUACACUUGUGUAGUACCUGUUGAUUGAUAUGGGUGUUCAUAAACCCCUCUUGAAUCACAAACUUAUUGUAAAAAUGUAGUAAACAUCAGCCAACUAUCUUAUAAACAUUCAGCUCAUUUCAGUUUUUUUGAGAGCAAUUGACAGUCUUGAAAACCCCUGCUGUUUACAUGCCGGUGUGCCAUGUGCAGCCGUGCACGCGUUCGCGAAAAUUAUCAACAUCUAAAGGGUAUUCAUAUAACUUAAGUAGCAUUGUUUUUAGGCAAAUUUCCGUCCAGGGUUGCAUUUACUUCAGAUCCAAAGUUUCGAGGGCAAACAAGUGACGCAUAUAAUUAUCCAAGCGUUCCAUGAAGAGCUGCGGAGACUGGACGAAAGAUGCCAUUGGAACAGUCCGCACAGCAUCAGUACUCUGGACCUUUUACUAGCUUUGUCGCACGACUUUGUACUUUCUCGGACAUGUUUUGUCCUUUGCGAGCUAUUUGGACUACUAGUCAUCCUGGGGAGAAAUAUUUCCUCUGUAUGGCAUCGAUUUUUGACCGUUGUAGGACGACGCUGUCAACAGGGGAGGAAUUCAUAACUGCCAGAAAUACUAGACCAUAGGCAUACAGUGAUGUCCGUAAAUCCCAGUCUGUUGAUUUACGUAGGCCUGAAACGUAAUUGUCUCUUCAUGCAUGUAGGAGGAGGAACAGGCGAACAACAGAGCGGUGGUGUCAUCGUCGGCAGCCAACAACCAGAGGCAGCACUCCAGCAAGCGUAGUUCCAGUUCCCUUGAGUCCACGCCCUCCUCCAUGGACAGACAGCUCCCGAGUCGGAAGUUCAGCUUCCAUCGCAACGGCGACAGUCGCAAACAGGCUACCCCCGCGGGUAGUUCUUCCUCUGACGUGAGUGAGGUGGCCCCACCUGGAACUAGCCCUCCCUCGAAGGCGGCCGAGUCCUGGCGACGUUUCUCGGCCCAGGUACAGAGUUAUUUCCAGUCGACGCCGCACUCCGCUCCGGCCUCCGGUCGUGUACGCAGCGCCUCAAAAGCGGACCAAUCAACCGGGGUGACGGCGACAACCACGAGGGCUGGUGUAUCGUCUUCCAACUCUAAUUCCCCCCUGCAUCCUCCCAUCGUCAGACCUGCAAGUGCGAGGUCCACCAGCUCAUCAAAUAGAGACCUAAUCAUUCCCGUUACGCGUACUAAUCGGGCCCCUUAG